AUGGACUCUUUUGAUGAGGAUGAAAACACGCUUACACUUGAUGAGUUUUUUGAAAUUAUCUUCGGAUCUGAUCCGCUGGAUUUUGACUCUACUCAAUUUAUUACAGAAGAAUUGACAGUUGAAAUGACGCACAGUUUCCCUUCGCAAGUUGGUCUAGUAACCCGCACUGGCCGUGAUUUUCUGGUCGCUUUUCUGAAUCAAGUACCAGAAAAAGCUAUACCCAAUAUACUGAGCUCUCGUCUCCUCCAAUAUACCUGUUCAAAUACUUUUGACCAAUCAACUGGGAUCAUGUCCUAA